CAAAAAUAUAAUGGGGCGUGACGUCAGUGGACUGGUUGGUGCGUUUGUUUGCCAAGAAAAUGCCAAGGGUGCGAAGGGAUACGUAGUGCUUGCUGCUGUUCCAACGGUGUAUAUGUUUACUUGCGACUGAGAUUAGAUGGGAUGAGCAUGGCUGAUGGGUGAUUCGAGAGCCGUGUCUAAGCCAAGCACGUCUUGGCAAACAUCGAAUCAAGUCAAGCCAGGGGGAGCCACAACCAGGGACCAGCCUGGCGGCCCAUCGCUUUCUCUCCACCGUGGCAACUUCGCCGACACGACCAACUGCCCGCGAAGAACACAAUCAUAUUAUGCUUUGAUGAUAACGGCGGCGAGGCCAAGACACAGGAGCAAGACGAAAGAUCAUAUCUCACCCUGUUCGACCAGCUGGCUGCUUCUGUCUUGCCCGGGGAGGCAGACACCCCAGUGCACGCAGCUCAGCGUGACGGGGAUCUCCAAGAAUCUACCCCAACGAAAGUACAGCUCUCCACCUCGACGCUCGGUGGCCGCGACGACAUACUCGGGCCAGAAUAAAGUGCACUUUCAUACUUUGCCCCACCCGCGCACAUCCAGUCUGCUCAACUGCUACUCGACGAGGUCGAAUAGAAGGUACAUCGAAGGGCCUCGAGCCAGCUGAAGCUCCAAUUGGCCAGCAACUGCAAGGGGGACGCAACGAGCGCUCCGACAAAAAUCAGAGCUGGCACUAAGAAACGGACGCAAGGACACAAGGUAGGUGUCUUGCAUGUUGCUUGGAUCUUUCUCUCUCGUUCGGUUUCUGAUACUGAGGAGC